GUUCCUCCUCGCCCGUGGACCGAAAAAGCAUGCAGCGAGACUCCACGGACGACGAAAGCGACGAGUCACCGACGCGACCGCUGUCGAUCGUCGUGGAAGACGAAGAAGAAGAAGACGACGACGACAUGACAACCCGUCCGACGACGUCCAAGGAGACGUCAGCCGCAGCCUCACCGAAGAAGCAGCAGCAGAAGGCCACCACCACGGCAGACGAGCAGCUCUCCUCCGGCGAAGGGACGCCCGCCGGAAGUUGUCACGACCCGUUUCUGUCACGUGGCUUGAAUGACGUCACGGUCAACAUCCGGCGGUGCGGUGGUCGUCGUGCAGCGGUGGAAAAGAUGUCCAACCCCGAGCGCAAGAGCAAGAAACCCUCGAGCAGCGCUUUCAAGCAGCAGCGGUUGUCGGCAUGGCAGCCCAUUCUGACAGCGGGCACGGUCCUGCCAACCUUCUUCGUCAUAGGCCUCGCAUUCGUCCCCAUCGGCAUCGGCCUUCUAGUUUCGUCCAAUGAGGUGCAAGAGUUCCAGUUUGACUACACAGACUGCAAGGAGAAGGGCAAAAAUGUGACAUGCGCCUCUGUCAUACAGAACGACAUCAAAAAGACAUGCGUGUGCCUUGAACGCAUCACACUGACCGAAGAUUUCAAGUCGGAAGUGUACGUGUACUACGGCCUGACCAACUUCUACCAAAACCACAGACGAUACGUCAAGUCCCGAGACGACACGCAGCUCCUGGGGAAGCCGCUUCAGACGAACCUCGACUGCGAACCCUUUGCGCAGGAUCCCAAGACGGGAAAGCCCAUUGCACCCUGUGGUGCCAUCGCAAACAGCAUCUUCAAUGACACGCUCACCCUCAAGUAUCGUCACAAGCAGGAGAGGGACAGCAUCGAGGACUCCACCACGGUGCACGUGUUGUUUGACAAGAUCGCCUGGCCGACCGACCGCAGGGUCAAGUUCAGGAACCCGCCAGGCAUGAAUUUCAACGGCACUGCCAAGCCACCAAACUGGCCAGUUCCCGUGGAGGAAGUUGGCGGGUUCGAGAACGAGUCCCUGAUCGUGUGGAUGCGCACCGCUGCCCUGCCCACUUUCCGCAAGCUCUACGGCCGGGUGGACCACUCGCGCGAGCUCUUUGUCAGCUCGCUGCCCAAAGGGGACUACGACCUGGAAAUUGUCUACCGCUACCCGGUGACGCCGUUCAAAGGCAGCAAGCGCAUCAUCCUCUCCAACACUUCGUGGCUGGGUGGCCGCAACCCGUUCCUUGGCAUCGCCUACAUCGCCGUGGGCAGCCUCUGCCUCGCGCUGGCCUUCGUCUUCCUGGUCAUACACAACAAGUUUGGCAAGAACACACAUGACCUGGUGAACAUAACCCAGAGAACGCCCUACUAAUGGCAGUCGAGGCACUGUUGGCGUGUCAACGCAUUCCACCGCAGAAGACGAGGACUUCUGACCUCCCCUCGGGGAGCCCAUAUCAUGGACCCGUUUCAAGCCUUGCCAUGUUCCCGGUUCAACGUUAGAGCGAGGUGUCGCUACUUGUGAUGCCACUUUUACUAGCACUUGUUCGAAGAAUUCUAAAGCGAUGGUUGCGUGGUUGAUAGUUUUCUUUAAUUGCAGUGGACCUGCAUACAUUUAUUUAAUGUCACCAAGUGCUCUGGUCUCACCCUUCAUGUCAUGAUGUGUGUUCAAAACCCUGUACUUCGUUAACCCUUUGCCUUCAAAGUCAUUUACGGAAAAACAUUCCCAAAUUACUCUCUUUUUUUUUCGGUGUUCUGUGGAACUAUAUUAUCACAUUCUAUAAAUGCAAGAAAUGCAUUAACAUUGAUACUUUCUUCGAAAUAUAAGAAAAGAAGGCUGUACGUAACUACAAGAAAAAAUUAGCAGCUUCCCCACGUUGCUUGCAGUCGAGAAGAAUUUCCACUUAGGCUUGUUGGUACAACAUAGUGAAGGGAACAACGCAGAUACCGACAAGGACGAAGAAAGGCACACAUUAGACAAGCGCAGCGCUGACUUUCAACAAAAUGUUUAUUUUGCAUGUGCACAGCUAUUUAUACUGAACACCUGACAAAGAAAGCAAGAUCGCACUUCUGUGCCCUUCUUCGUCCUCGUCGGUGCUUGCGGUCAUGUUUGCUUGUGGUAUUGUACUGUGAAAAUGAUGUUACAGUAUUGUAGCGCUAUCUGUGGAUGAAAAAGAGAACCAGAUGCAAGGACAUUCGCGUAUCGUCUUUGGUUAAAGAAACUGGGACGUUUUGCUGUAGACGACCUCAGCUGGUCCACGAUAGUGGGCAUGCGAGAUGUUUGAACGUGUUUGUGCUGAUCUGCUGCUGGAGGUAAAUGAUUGACAAAAAGAUGAGAGUUCACACGGACUGAGCGACGCAUAAUACUUGAAGAGAUUACAUCCAUACCCCUUUACCGGUGCUCUGAAGUGUGGGAUUGCAAUUUACAUAUCCCAACGUCUGCGGUUCCAGCAAAAGAAUUGCAUUGUUAUGUCAUCUUACACAUUUCGUUUUCCAUUUAUGUGCUUUGUGAAGCCAUUCUUAGCUGUCGCAGUGGACAGAUUCUUUCUCGAAAUGGAGCAGUUUUCUUUCACACAAGGUACACGAGACACUUCAGUGACUUUUGACAUAACACACCGCACUAACAUAAUCUUUAAAUGUGCAUAGAGUGUUGCUUCGCACCAAAAUGACAAAUCCUAGUUCUUUCCUUGUGAGAUCUCGCUGCCUUGUCGCUAGUUAUAGUACGUUUCGGAGUUUAGUUCUGCGUGCAACCUGCCGUUCUUCACUAGCGAACCAAUGCCAUGCACUUGUGCAGACUUCCUUUGGGCCAGAUUUCGUCAUUUCAAGUUGCACUGUGGUUGGCAGAAGCGUCUAGUCAGAUGUUGUGAUGGCUUUUGUAACUUCGCCGCAUGUGUGGGCAAAAAAGUACUUUGUUGAAGCACCAUGUUAGGAACACUUUGUACAGUGGCAAACGCUGGAGAGCGUGCGUUCGGUUUUUGCAAAGCUUAAUCGGCUGCUAAACGCAGUUUCGCUGUUGGUGUUGUCUCUAUUCGGUAGUGGCGUUUGUUCAUCUUUGUAAAUACUGUGUAAGUUAUUUCAUGGACCUCAAUAAAUGUGAAGCCUGCAGUUCUUUACAGAA